UAUUCGCAGACGCGCAGUAUCAGAGAAUCUCUAAAACAUAAUUUUAAUAGAUUCUGUGCGGAUUGAGGUAGCUCUGAACGCCAUAAUACAUCAGCUGAUUCACCAGUACUGCCAAGUCCUUUAUAGUAAACUAUUUUAUUUACAUUUCUAUAAAUUUGUAAACAUGUGCGAUCUCUGGAACGAGUUUGAGCUAAAGAAACCCCCACAAAUUACUGUGCCUAUUUCAAGUAAAAACGCGCCAAAUGUGGGACGCUUACAGAACGUGGUACAGCAGUAUUUUCGGCGACAUCGUCCUCAAGAAGUGGAGUUUGCCGAGGCAUCGGCACUUUUGGGUAGGCUAAUGGCACGUCGAAAAAAUUCAUUUCAUGGCAUGAUGGGUUUUCGGGCUGUAGUAAAAUGUAAUACUGCAACUUGUCGUCUACUCCGCAUUGAUUUAACUCGAGAACUAGAGCUAUUUCACGGAUCAUUACCUGAUUUUGCGCUCGAUUCAGCCGAUACUUUGGAAAUACCUACACAAAAUAAUUUUGAUUACGUAUUAAUACGAUUACUUAAUACUUGUGGUGUGUACGACCGUAUUCGUGAGUGCUGUUUACAAGCAGCAGAAUAUUUUGCCAAAAUGAUGCGCAAUAAUUUCUUCAUGGACACCUGCACACUUUUAUUGGCUGUACUAGCUAAACUAUAUAGCUUGAGCGCAAUAUUGGGUAAUAAAUGUGUAGAUUUGUAUAACCAAUUACGACCGAUGCGCUUAAAAUUCCCGUUGGCGGCAAAGAGUGUAGACUAUAAUUUGAACCUGCCAGAACAGUUGGAAAAAUUUUCUGUAAGCCAGAUAUUAGAACUUCCUAAAGCUAAUAGUAUAAUCCUGAAGGAUGACGCAGCCUUACAAACAACACCGAAUGCAUUGACAGCUGUUCGUUCCUUGAAAAAAUUGAAAAAGCAAAAGGCAAUAGAUGUAGGUGUAGAAGUAAGCAGAGAACCUAUAUCAUUGUCUCAAACCAAGUCCUUCAACGCAGACACUGAGUUAGGUACAGUUGAAACGACAAAACGUUUUAUAUCAUCUGAGAAUGCAGCAAGAAAAAAAUCUUUGAAACAAAGCAUAACCAGAGAUAUAUUACCUCAUGAAUGGAUGGGGGCAACGCGUCUCUUUGAGAGGAAAGUUUUAGCAAAUGACCAUAAAAAAGCUUUGAGCAUAUUUAGAAAAUUUAUUGUUAACAAAAUUUCUUAAAUAAAUUCAUAAUAUGCAAAAAA